AUUACACAUAUAGCUAAUGGUAUAUUCAUUGAUCAUCAAAUGACAUUCAACUUUUGAUAUAUCUAGCAUAUCUCGUAUCAAAUUACUAAACUAUAUUAUUAUACAAGGUUAUCAAUUUGGCGUGAUCACCCUUAAUCGUUCAGUCUAUAAUCACACAAGUGGUAUGAUCAGAGUGUGUGUAGGUUAUCAUAUAUAUAUAUAUCACUAGUAUUUAUCACAGUAGUAUAUUUCGAAACUAAGGCUACAAAAAUUGAUUUUUCUAUGUGGUUUACAAUUUUUUUCAUAUUCUUCUGGUCAUCAGUUUGUACAGAACAUAUUCCUCUCAGUAAAAUUCAUCUGAAUCAACAUGGAAUGUUCACAGAUCAUCGUGGAUUCAUUAGAUUAUUUAGAGGGUUUAACAACGUGAGAAAAUCUUUUCCAUGGUAUGAAGAAAAUGCCUUCAAUAUCACACAAAUACAAAUGUUCCAGAAUUGGGGUUUGAAUGUUGUUCGAUUAGGUAUUAUGUGGAGUGGAGUAAUGCCAAAUAUAUCAAUAGUGAACACUACAUAUUUAAAUCAAAUUGAAAAGCUGAUUGAUUUAUAUGCUGAUCAUGGGAUUUAUGUGAUAUUAGAUAUGCAUCAAGAUGGAUUAUCUAGCCGAUAUGGUACUUAUGAUGGUAUACCACUUUGGUUAAUUGAUCAGUUUAAAAGACCACCAUACUUUUUACAAGAGCCUUGGCCGUAUAAAAAGUUGCCAGAAUGGGAUGGAGCAUAUUAUUUAACUUACGAGUGUACUAAUGGAGCUCAACAGUUAUAUGAGAAUGUAUCAGGUGCUUGGAAUCACUGGGGUGAUUUUUGGGAAAUCGUGGCUAAACAAUUUGGUAAAAAGUCAAAUGUACUUGGUUAUGAUUUGAUUAAUGAACCUCCACCUGGAAACUUUUAUUCUAAUCCAUUACGUGGGUUUUCAGGUUAUGCUGGUCGAUAUAAUCUACUACCAGUUUACGAUUAUCUUGUUGAGAGAAUACGUAAAUAUGACAAUUCAACAUUAAUAUUCUAUGAACCAGUUACAUAUGGGAUAUUUACUCCUAUAAACCCCUCAGGAUGGUUAGGGACUGGAUUUCGACGUGCUCCUGGAGCUAAUCAUGAUAAAUCAGCACCGAAUAAAAGUGUUUUGUCAUAUCAUUAUUAUUGUUGGGUAUUACAAACUGAUUAUCCGAACUCUACAAUGCCUUUUUGGAAGAAAAUUAUAUGUGACUCGUUCCUCUUACCAACUGUGAUAUCCAAUGCAAUUAAAGCAACAAAAAUAACUGGAGGUGGUAGAUUUUUAACUGAAUUCGGUUUGUGUGGAGAUGAUGGAAAUCCACGUAGUGUAAACACAUUGGAAUGUAAUGCGGUAUUGGAUGAAGCUGAUAAACAUUUUGAAUCAUGGACAUAUUGGGAUGGGAACUUUUUAGAUGAAUUAGGAAAUCCUAUUAAAAGUGAGGUGGAAUCUUUCAUUCGUUCUUAUCCCCAAUCAACAAAUGGGAUAUUUCGUAAACAACAAUUCAAUUAUAAAACCGGAAAUUUUAGUUUCUCCUUCAUUACAAACCAGUCGAGUAAUCAGUAUAGUAAGAAACAGAUUUUAAUUGCAGAAAUUUACAUACCAUUAUCUGUACAUUAUCCAAAUGGAUUUUCAAUGAACAUAAAACCAAACAAUUUAAUUAAUGAAAUGAAGGGAAAUAUACUGUCUUUAUACUUGCCAACUGAUGUAGGGAAUAAACAUGUACUCGUUGACAUUGAGAUUGUUAGAAAAUAACACAAGUUGGACAUGAUUUGACAAACUAUCAUUGUCAUUAUUCAAACGAUUAUUCAUUAACAUUUGAAUGAACAGUUGAAAUAUAAUUUUAUACAAAUAAUACCAUUGUUGUUAGUUGUUGAUAUUUAUGACAAUAUAAUUAGAAUAAACGAUUCACUUGAUG